AUUUAUUCCUUAUGCAUUGCAUUGUCUCCUAAGAAAAUCCCCUCUUCGUAAUAGAUGAAUCUACCUAGACCUAUCAAUUGGUUUCUUCUUUUAACCUCUCCAACUUCACCACCGUCAAUUCUCUAUAUUUUUCUUAACCAAUGUCUAAUGGUCCUCUUCCAUCGGUACGCUGCCUCCUUUCGCACCUUUCCACGAAACACGUGGGGGACAAGGUCAGGUUUCUUGGGUGCGUGACUGGAUACUCAACCCGUUCAGCCACAUUGAGUCUUCAGCACGAAUAUCCAAAGGGCACCAAGGCCAGAGUCAGUGCCGAUGUUACACUUCUUCUUGAGAACCUCAAUUCCGAACAAACGGAUAUUGGUCAAUGGGUUCAUAUCAUAGGAUACAUCACAUCCAUCGACAAGACGCUUGUUAAAACCACGGUGGGAUCUAAUACAGAAAACAUCGGUGUUCAGGUCCUGGUUCUUUGGAUUGCCCGUGACUUAGACAUCUCAUCAUACGAGAGCUCGUUCAUUUCCGAAACCGAGUGACCACACAAGAAGGCCCAACCAGACAAAUCAUCCAGCAUCUUCGGACAUGCAUAGCAGCGCGGCAUACGAAGUGAUGCAUACCACUCGCAGAACUGUCGGUGUGCUUACAAGGCUCUAGGACCUGGACAGCAGCAAUCACUAAAUGAUUUAGGAUCUGCGUGCAUUCGGAGUUGCUUCUCCCUCUUUGCUUUGGCAUAAACAUAAUCACGAAUCGAUUGCUCGAGAUGAUAAGUGAUGAGCUGGUGAAGUUCUUGAUGGGCUUUCGCAAGCGCUCGAAGACUAUGCCAAGAGCCACCGCAGCCAACCCUGGCAUGUAUGCCAACUCAGCAAAACUAAU